AUGCCUCCACCUCAGCCGUACAGUUUCGGCUACGUCAACGUGGACGAGUACGGAAACCGGCAGUUCCGCAGCGAGCAAGGCGACUCCAACAACGCCAAGACCGGCUCGUACGGCUACCGUGGCGUCAACGGCCUCUAUCGUCGAGUGAACUACGUGGCCGAUGCGAACGGCUUCGGGGCCACGGUGGACACCAACGAGCCCGGCACCGCCCCUGGUGCUAGCGCCGACGCGGUCUUCAACGCUGGACCAGUCGUCCCUCCGGCAUACAGAAAGAAAAAAUGCCUCCGGUUCUCUCGGGAGGUGGACAGUUUGGUGCACCUGGGGCCUAUGUCGGUAGGGCGGCGGCGCCUUACAACGCUGGUGGCUACAGCGGUUACGGGAACGCCGCUGUAG